AUAUUGCAAAGUGUUGUGUUUUCACGGAAGGGAUGUGAGGUUUUGUCCACUUUUAGAUUUAAAUCUCCCCCGCGAGAUUUCGCGAGAUCUCGAAUUUCCAACAUGGCGGCGCUCCUAGCUACUUUGCUGCUUCUCGGAGCUUCGAGCACCUUAGGAAAGACUUACGAAGACGGGGAGAAGGUCACCCUGUAUGUGAACAAAGUGGGACCUUACUUCAACCCACAUGAGACCUACAACUACUAUGAACUGCCUCUCUGUAGGCCUGAAAAGGUUGAGUUUGCCAGUCUGACACUGGGGGAAGUACUCCAUGGGGAUCGCAUGGCAGUGUCCACCUACGAAAUGAAGUUCAAAGAAGCUAAAGAGAGUGCAGAGUUGUGUAAACUGACACUGAAGGAAGAUGACAUUGAACAACUGAAGGAGGCCAUCGAGGAUCUUUACUACUUUGAGUUUGUUCUUGAUGAACUUCCCAUCCGAGGGUUCAUCGGCCAUCUAGACGAGGGCGGUUUCCUCCCCCACAAACACAAGGUGUCGCUCUGGACACACCACCACUUCAACCUGGAGUACAACGGAAAUCAGAUCAUCUCUGCUAACGUGACAACCCGGGGUCACGACCCGUUGAGUCUAGAUGAAGUUGAGGCGCCGCUGGAACUAACGUUCACGUACAGUGUCAUGUGGAAAGAAACAACUGAGAAAUACGAGACACGAGGACAGAGACUGAGAGAUUCCAGUUUCUUCCCCAAAACCCUGGAGAUCCACUGGUUAUCCAUCAUUAACUCCAUGGUGCUGGUGUUCCUGCUCAUCGGAUUUGUCGUCAUCAUUCUGAUGCGCGUGCUGAAGAAUGAUUUUGCGCGGUACAACACGGAGGAGGAGGACAGCGAGGACUUGGACCAGGACGAUAACGGCUGGAAGAUCAUCCACACCGACGUGUUCCGCUUCCCCCCGCACAAGAGCAUCUUCUGUGCCAUUCUGGGUGUUGGUAGCCAGUUCCUAGCGCUGGCGACAGGAAUCAUCGUGAUGGCGUUGAUGGGGAUGUUCAAUGUGCACAAACACGGCGCCAUGAACUCAGCAGCCAUCUUACUGUACGCUCUCACCUCAUGUGUGUCCGGUUACGUGUCUGGUAACAUGUUCAGGAAACUGGGAGGACAUAACUGGGUGUGGAACAUCAUCCUGGUCUCAUGUAUCUACACAGUGCCAUUCUUCCUCAUGUGGUCUGUGGCCAACUCUGUAGCCUGGUACCUGGGCUCCACACAGGCCCUCCCCUACACAACAGUCAUCCUACUCAUGCUCAUAUGGCUGCUAGUUGGCUUCCCUCUGACUGUGAUUGGUGGGAUCUUUGGAAAGAACAUGGCGGACAGUUUUGACGCGCCCUGCCGGACCAAGAACAUCCCGCGGGAAAUCCCGCCCGUGCCCUGGUACCGCUCCGCCCCAGCGCACAUGCUGAUUGGUGGAUUCCUGCCAUUCAGUGCCAUUUCUGUUGAGCUGUACUACAUCUUUGCCACCAUGUGGGGGCGCGAGCAGUACACGCUGUACGGGAUCCUGUUUAUCGUGUUCGUGAUCCUGCUGUCCGUCACCGGCUGCAUCUCCGUGGCGCUCACGUACUUCCAGCUGUCCAGCGAGGACUACCGCUGGUGGUGGCGGUCCAUAUUCAGCGCCGGGUCCACCGGUGUGUUCAUCUUCCUAUACGCUCUGUUCUACUACUACAAGCGCUCCAACAUGUCGGGCACGCUGCAGACUGUGGAGUUUUUCGGCUACACCAUCCUGAUCUGCUACGCCUUCUUCCUCAGUCUGGGGACCGUCUCCUUCUUCGCUUCUCUCAAGUUCAUCCGUUACAUCUACGUCAACCUGAAGAUGGACUAAGAGAUGCCGCAUGCCGGAGAGUAGCCU